AUGGGCAGCGCCGGGCCUGGACUGACCACGCUGCCACCGGCCCGGCUCCUUCUGCCUGACGCGGUGUUGCUGACCGGCCCAGAGAAGGCGACGGAGGCCGAGAGGCCCAGCUGGAGCCCCCCAGCCAGCCCUGAGCAGGGCCUGUCGGCCUUCUACCUCUCCUACUUUGACAUGCUGUACCCCGAGGAUGGAGGCUGGGGACCUAAGGGCUCGGGCCAGGGCCCCCCCGGGGGCGGGAGCUCUGCGGCCCCGAAGGAGCCGGAACAGUGCCCCAUCAUCGACAGUCCGGGGCUGGGGGUAGGGCAGGGGGGGCCAGGGCUGCCCUGUGCUCCCAGCCUGCCUCUGGAGGAGGCCUCCCUGGAGCAAGUGCAGUCCAUGGUGGUGGGCGAGGUCCUCAAGGACAUCCAGACGGCCUGCAAACUGCUCAACAUCACAGCAGACCCAGCUGACUGGAGUCCGGGGAAUGUCCAGAAGUGGAUCCUGUGGACGGAGCAUCAGUACCGGUUGCCCCCCGUGGGCCGGGCAUUCCAGGAGCUGGCCGGCCGGGAGCUGUGUGCCAUGUCCGAGGAGCAGUUCCGCCAACGCUCCCCCCUCAGCGGGGAUGUCCUUCACGCCCACCUGGACAUUUGGAAGUCAGCGGCUUGGAUGAAAGAAAGAACAUCCCCCGGGGAGAUGCAGUACUGUGCAGGGAGCGAGGAGAGCUGGACGGACAGUGAGGUGGACUCCUCCUGCUCGGGGCAGCCCAUCCACCUCUGGCAGUUCCUCAAAGAGCUGCUCCUCAAGCCACACAGCUACGGCCGCUUCAUCCGCUGGCUCAACAAAGAGAAAGGCAUCUUCAAGAUCGAGGAUUCGGCCCAGGUGGCCCGACUCUGGGGUAUCCGGAAAAACCGGCCGGCCAUGAACUAUGACAAGCUGAGCCGCUCCAUCCGCCAGUAUUACAAGAAAGGCAUCAUCCGCAAGCCCGACAUCUCCCAGCGCCUCGUCUACCAGUUCGUGCACCCGGUCUGA